CUGCUUUGCAAAUUCUUACAUUACUUUUGUGGUGUUGUUCGUGGUCGUAUCAAAAAAAUUGGUCGUAUUUGGUUCCUCGCUUUACAAAUAAAAAUUUAAUUGAAAAUGGCUCCUCCAUCGUAUUCGGAUUUGGGAAAACAAGCUCGUGAUAUUUUCGGCAAAGGUUAUCACUUUGGCUUAUGGAAAUUAGAUUGCAAAUCCAAAACCUCAUCUGGGAUAGAAUUCAGCACAUCCGGCCAUUCCAAUACGGAAUCGGGCAAAGUUUUUGGUUCAUUGGAAACUAAAUACAAAGUUUCGGACUACGGUCUAACAUUGACUGAAAAAUGGAAUACAGAUAACACUCUCUUCACUGAAGUUGCUGUACAAGACAAAUUACUGGAAGGCUUGAAAUUGGCCUUCGAAGGUUCUUUUGCGCCACAGUCGGGCAACAAGAGCGGCAAAUUUAAAGUAGGCUAUGGCCAUGAUAACGUUAAAAUAGAUUCCGAUAUGAAUGUCGAUUUAAGCGGUCCUUUGAUUAAUGCCUCCGCUGUUUUGGGAUAUGAAGGUUGGUUGGCAGGUUACCAAACAGCUUUCGAUUCUCAAAACACUAAGUUAACAACUAACAAUUUUGCGUUGGGCUAUGCCACGAAGGACUUUGUAUUACACACAGCUGUAAACAAUGGUGAAGAGUUCAGCGGAUCUAUCUUCCAAAAAUGCAACGACAAUUUGGAUAUUGGUGUGCAGCUUUCCUGGGCAUCAGGCUCAAAUAAUACCAAAUUCGGUUUGGGUGCUAAAUUCCAGCUGGACAAGGAUGCCGCAUUGCGUGCUAAAGUUAACAAUGCUUGUCAAGUUGGUUUGGGCUACCAACAAAAAUUACGCGAUGGUAUCACUCUUUAUUUAUCGACUUUGGUCGAUGGCAAAAAUUUCAAUGCAGGCGGCCAUAAAAUCGGUGUCGCUUUGGAACUAGAAGCUUAAGUAGCUUACUGCCAUUUAUAAAUGUUCUUUAUUUGUCACUAUAUCACAUUAGUCGCAACAGUUGAAAACAACAACAGCAACAACAAGAAAAAAACUUAUUAAACUACUUAUUUAAUAUCAAGAAAGAAAGUAAGAAACCCUUAAAAUAAAGCUAUGGAAACCAUUGUAUUAAGCAUUCGGUUUGAACCUGUAAAGUCCUUAAUUAAAUUCUUCUUUUAAUUGUUUUUGUCAUGUAAUAAAAAUGCAUGCAUAUACAUACAUAA